AUGUUUGCAGAUGACAUUGUGAUCUGUAGUGAGAGCAGGGAACAGGUGGAGGAGAAGCUAGAGCGGUGGAGGUUUGCCCUGGAAAGGAGAGGAAUGAAGGUUAGCCGCAGCAAGACGGAGUAUAUGUGUGUGAAUGAGAAGAACCCAAGUGGAAGAGUGAGGUUACAGGGAGAAGAGAUAGAGAAGGUGGAGGAUUUUAAGUACAACAGUUCAGAGCAAUGGAGAGUGUGGAAAAGAGGUGAAGAAACGUGUGCAGGCGGGAUGGAGCAGGUGGAGAAAAGUGUCAGAAUCCAGAAGGAGUUGGCUGACAUCACGCUGGAUCCACCUCUGGACUGCAGGUGCAAAUGUGCCGGUCCUAAAUGUGACAUCUAUGAGUGGAGGUCGACCAUCCUGGGCCCUCCGGGUUCUGUGUACGAGGGAGGAGUGUUCUUCCUGGACAUCGCCAACUAACCCUUCAAACCACCCAAGGUGACGUUCCGGACAAGGAUCUACCACUGCAACAUCAACAGUCAGGGGGUGAUCUGUCUGGACAUCCUCAAGGACAACUGGAGUCCUGCUCUCACCAUCUCCAAGGUCCUGCUGUCCAUCUGCUCCCUGCUGACCGACUGCAACCCCGCUGAGAAUAGAAAAGCUUUCCUUGAAUAUAAAUAA